CCGCCCCGCCCGGCCCCGGGGGUCGCGGGGCCCGGCCCGGCCAUGCUCGGCCUGGACGUGUGCGAGGCCGGCGGGCAGCUGCUGGAGCUGCUGUGGCUGGCGCUGUGCUACCGAGACAUCAUGGCUGACAAGGAGGGGGUGACGCUGUCGCUGGAGGAGGAGGAUGCUGCCGACGUGGCCCUGGCGUACAAGACACCGGCGAAGAAGAGCCUGCGGGAGAUCCAGGAGCUGGACCCGGGCGACGAGAGCCUGCGGAAGUACAAGCAGGCGCUGCUGGGUGCCAUCCCUGCCGCCGUGGAUGCCAGCGUGCCCAACGUGCAGGUGACGAGGCUCACCCUGGUGUGCGAGCAGGCGCCAGGGCCCAUUACCAUGGACCUAACAGGAGACCUGGAGGUGCUGCGGGGCCGGGCCUUUGUGCUGAAGGAGGGAGUAGACUACAGGGUGAAGGUGUCCUUCAAGGUGAACAGGGAGAUUGUCUGCGGGCUGCGGUGUCUGCACCUCACCUACCGCCGGGGCCGGCCCGUGGACCGGGAUGUGUUCAUGGUGGGCAGCUACGCGCCGCGUGCCGAGGAGUACGAGGUGGUGUCUCCGGCGGAGGAGGCGCCGCGGGGCUGGCUGGCGCGGGGCUCCUACCGCGUGCGCUCGCUGCUCACCGACGACGACAAGAUGGAGCAUCUCUCCUGGGAGUGGGGCCUCUGCAUCAAGAAAGCCUGGGAGGACUGAGCCCCCCGCUGCUCCACGCCCCGGUUUGCCCUCCCUGCCGGCGCAGGGCCGCGGUGCCGGCCGCCCCGGGGCUCCCCUCGCCGCCAGCGGCCGCGGGGAGGGUCGCGGGGGGUCCCUCGGCGGGCGGCUGCCCCUGCUUGUGGUCUCUGCAACCAAAGUUCUUUUUAAUUGCUGGUUUUUUUUUACCCUCCCCUCCUCCCCGGUGCUGGGGCCGGGCCCGGGCCCCCGCCGUGGCGGUGCCGUGCCCAGCUGCCCGCCCGGGCGCGGGCUCCGCUCUUCCAUCGCCAUUAAACCCUACAGA